AUGGGCUUCGAGCUUCCCGAUGCAUAUGGGUACGUGCUCCUGGCCCACGGCUUCUCUUGGAUCUCCAACAUGUACCUCGUGAUCAACGUCGUGAAGGCGAGGAAGAAGUACAAAGUCGAGUACCCCGCUCUGUACGCACCGGAUGGGCACCCGAACGCCUCUGAGUUCAACUGCGUCCAGCGCGCACACCAGAACACCCUGGAGAACUGGGCCCCAGUGCAGCUCGCCAUGGCGUUCAACGGCAUUAUGUACCCGAAGUUCGCUGCGGCGUGCGGUACCAUCUGGGCGGUCGGACGCAUCAUCUACGGCUACGGCUACGCAUCUGGUGGGCCACAGGGUCGCAUGGUGGGAGGCCGGAUGACGCGGAAUGGCAGGAACACGGGGAAGAUGCCCAAGAGGAGUAGCAGGCAUAAUCUCACACCUGGGCGACUUCCCGCUCAUGAUCGGAGUUUUCGUCGCUGGCUUCAAGAUGCUCCCGAAGGCCUGAGUUGA